AUUGGCACCGCGUUCUCUUGCCAGUCUGUUGCGGGACGAGGACGGAGACGGCGCAGGGUUGGGGGGGGGGUCAGACUCGUCUGAGGGGGUCCACCCGGGAGCUUUUGGCGAGCUAUCGUGAACUCACGCGGCCGCUGAAGAGGCUGAGUAGUCGAAACCAGGCAAUCGGACCAGAGGAGAGGCGUACACGAGUUGCACAACCGCCGGUGGUUCGCAUACUUCUGGCGGCGGGGAGGAGGAAGAAGAAGAAGAAGAAAGGACGCCUCAGCGAUGGUCACGGCCAUGGAGGAUGCCAAUGUGGCCCGGACAGAGGAGGAGGCGCAAGAGGUGACACCCCCGCCUGGUGUGGACGUGCCGGCGGUGGCCAGCCAGGAAGCAUCUGGAGGAGCCACGCAGGCGGUGUUGGACAAUGUAGGUGAACUCCCCGCCACCGGGGGCGCCAAAGACAUCGACCUACUCUUCCUCCGCGGGAUCAUGGAAAGCCCCAUUGCUCACGAACAGCUGGAGGAGGUGAAGCUGGAGGCGGUGCAGGACAACAACGUGGAGCUGGUGACGGAGAUUCUGGGCGACAUCAGCGGCCUCAAAGUGAGGGACGACAGCGCGGCAGAACUGUCCAGGAUCCUGCAGGAGCCACACUUUCAGUCCCUCCUGGAGGCGCACGACAUGGUGGCCUCCAAAUGCUACGAAGUCCCGCCCCCCGCCGAGAUGGCCAAUGACGCCGCAGUGAACAGCGCUCUGAUGCAGGCAGACGCCGUGCGCAUGAUCGGCAUCCGGAAAAAGGCCGGGGAGCCUCUGGGCGUGACGUUCCGCGUGGAGAAAGACGACCUCGUCAUCGCGAGGAUCCUCCACGGCGGCAUGAUUGACAGGCAAGGGCUACUGCACGUGGGCGACAUCAUCAAGGAAGUGAACGGCAAAGACGUGGGCAACAAUCCCACCGAGCUGCAGGAAAUGCUUAAGGACUGCAGCGGCGGGAUCACCCUCAAAAUACUGCCGAGCUACCGGGACGCCCCCGCGCCCCCGCAGGUCUACGUGCGCCCUUACUUUGACUAUGACCCGGCCCACGACAACCUGAUCCCGUGCCGGGAGGCCGGCAUGGCUUUCAAGCGCGGCGACAUCCUUCAGAUCGUCAACAGAGAAGAUCCCAACUGGUGGCAGGCUUGCCACGUGGUGGGCGGGGCGACAGGACUGAUCCCAAGUCAGUUUUUGGAGGAGAAGAGGAAAGCUUUUGUCCCGCGGGACUUUGACGGAUCAGGGAUCCUUUGUGGUACCAUCGCUGGGAAGAAGAAGAAAAAGAUGAUGUAUCUAACUGCCAAGAAUGCAGAGUUUGACAGGCACGAGCUGCAGAUCUAUGAAGAAGUGGCCAAGGUUCCUCCGUUCCAGAGGAAGACGUUGGUUUUGAUCGGCGCUCAGGGCGUGGGCCGACGUAGCCUCAAAAACCGGCUGAUGGUCCUUCAGCCGACCUGCUUCGGCACGACUAUACCAUACACCUCCCGACGUCCCCGCGACGAGGAGCUGGACGGCAACUCGUACCACUUCACCUCCAGGACGGAGAUGGAAGUGGACGUGAAGGCCGGCCGCUUCCUGGAGCACGGAGAGUAUGACGGCAACCUGUACGGCACCAAGAUCGAGUCCAUCCACGAGGUGGUGGCCGCCGGGCGGACGUGCAUCCUCGACGUCAACCCGCAGGCUCUGAAGGUCCUGAAAACGGCCGAGUUCAUGCCGUACGUGGUUUUCAUUGCGGCGCCAGACUUCGACACCCUCAAGGGCAUGCAUAAAGCCGUCGUGGACGCUGGCCUCACCACCAAACAGCUCACGGACGUGGACCUGAGGAAGACGGUGGACGAGAGCGCGCGCAUCCAGAGGGCUUACGGCCACUACUUCGACUUGACCGUCACCAACGACAACCUGGACAAAGCCUUUGACACGUUACAGGCCGCUGUGGACAAACUGCGCACCGAAUCUCAGUGGGUCCCCGUGAACUGGGUGUACUGAGGGAACCACCCCACCCCCCACCACCACCCGCGACCUGGGCCCAAAAGAAGGAAGAGACCCAAGGGCGACUUCUGUAAAACAACACGAAUAUUCCCGUUUGAAUGUGCUCCGUCAUCUGGAGCGCGCAAGCCACGCAACUUUUUUUCUACUUCGACUCAAAGGGAAAGAGUGCUUAUUUAUUUUAUAACUUUUUAUGAAAGAUAUUUCUAUACAAUGUGGAAAUGAAGCACAAAAAAAAGAAAAAAAAAGGAAAUGAGGCAUUCAUUCAUUGUAGGGUUGUUUUUGUGUUAAUUGUCUUUGUUUCGGCUUCCCGUCCGUUUGUUGACAUCGACAUAGGAUGCGUCGUUUUUCUAAUCGUUGGUUAUACUGGGAGUUUUAUUUUUGUGUGGGGAAAUAUCACACUCGUUCACGAUCAAACACAGUUUUGUUUUUGUAGUUUUGUUUAACGUGACUAUUGCUUUUAGUGUACUUUUUUUUUUUUGUCAAUGAUCCCGCCUGCCUGUCUGGAGUACACGACCUUUGACACUGUCCUCAACUUCAAGCCAACGUCUCUGUUUCAUAUUUGUGAAAGUCGCACAAAUUCCACGCUACAACCUUAAGGGCAAAAGUUCUUUUAGACUGCAGAGAAAAAAAAUUUGAUCAUUUCAGUUAUGUAUGUCUGUAUUUAUUAAAACUAGUUCUAUUUUUGUGUGGUUUUUUUUUUAUUAUCCCAGUGCCACAUUGUAGGAGACCUGCUGCCUGUUGAAAGUGUUGUCAUAAAUCACCUGACGUUAAAAGAUUUCUUUCUACAUUUUUAUCUGCAAAGAUGA